UUUUUUCUGGCUGUGCUGUGCUGUGCUGUGCUCGGAACAAGAGACAGAAGAGACGGGAAAGACGACCACCACCCCCCUCCUCUGCCCAUAUCCAAACACAGACACCCACAAGGACAACAGACACCCACAAGGACAACACUCACACACGCACACAACACUCACACACGCACGCACACGUGUUUCAGCAUGGGAGACUUGGACGCAAUUCACAAGAAUGCGUUUGGGGAAGCCGGCCCUGCGCCCGUGUGGUUUCAUGGGCGCGUGGACCGCGCAGAUGUGGAGGCGCGGCUGACGGGCAUGCCGGACGGCACGUUCCUCAUCCGCGACUCGACGUCCAGCGUGGGCGACUUUGUCAUGUCCGUGAGCGAGCUCGGGCGCACCAGCCACUACAAGAUUGCGCGGCUCGGCAACAACCAGUACACGGUGGGCGACCAGACGUUCAUGAACCUGCCGGCGAUCAUCGAGUACUACCAGCGGCACUUGCUGGAGCAGACGACGCUGUCUGCACCGCUGCCGCUCGACUCGGCCUUCCAGAACGGCCGCCUGGUGGACAACUUCUUGUUUGAGGCGCGCGCCCUGUACAACUUCAACGCGCGCGACCCAGAGGACCUCAGCUUCCGCAAGGGGGAGGUGCUCAACAUCCUGCAGAAGCACGAGGAGCAGUGGUGGAAGGCGCAGUCGCAGAAGACGCUGCAGAUUGGCUGCAUCCCCUCCAACUACGUGCAGCCGCUCAACCAGCCCGAGCCAACAAACACAGCCCCGCCAGGUGGCAGCAACUUUGCCCGCACAGACAGCGUGAUGCGGCCCGGUGCGUCGGACCAGCCCAUCUACGCCAACGACGACGACGACGACCUCGCGGCCAUCGACGUCACACCCGUGCAGCCGCCACCCACGCAGCAGCAGCAGGCGCCGCCGUCUUCCCUCCGCGUGUCGACUGAGCAAGCGCAGGCGGCCAUGACCGAGUUCCUGCCCCGCAUCACAUCCCACGAGAUUCCAACAGAGCGGCCCAAGUUCCUCAUUGCGCGCGCGCUCAUGGACCGCGGCUCCAACGCCUGGGAUCCAACCUCCCUCGCCUUCAAGGAGAACGACAUCAUUCAAAUCACAAAGCAAAACGCCAAUGGCCUCUGGGAAGGAAAGAUCAUGGACCAAGACGGCAACGUUGGGCACUUUCCGUUUGUGAUGGUUGAGCUGCUUGACUCUGGCGCGUACGACUCUGAGCUGCAGGCGGCGGAGGUGAAGUUCAACACCAUCAUGGAGGACAUUUACGGAAACAUUUGAUGAUGAUGACGAUGAUGAUGAUGAUGAUGAAGAUGAUGAUGAAGAUGGAUAGAUUGUGUGGUGUACAACUUGGAAGCACGUGCAUGUGCAUGUGUGUCUGUCGUGGAGAUUUGGCUCAGCACACUGUUGCGAUGAUUUGUUUGUGUUUGCGUAUGUCUCUUCUUGCGUUGCUUUUGUUUUUGUUCUUUUGUUCUUCUUUGGCCCGUUAUCACAGACCUUAUCCCGGUUCCCCAAUACACACGACCAAGGCA